AUGGCAGAAGGCCAGCCACACCUAAGCAUUCAGAUGUCAAACUCGAAUACAAAUGGCAUCCCCAGCAUAAAGCAGUCCUCUCCAGACUUAGCUGGCAGAGGAAGCAUACUAACUUUCCACAACAUCUGCUACCAUGUGAAGAUGAAGACUGGAUUCCUGUGUUGUAAAAAAACAGCCAAUAAGCAAGUUUUGAGAGAUGUCAAUGGCAUCAUGAGACCAGGACUGAAUGCAAUUUUGGGACCCACUGGCAGUGGUAAAUCUUCCCUACUUGACAUUUUGGCUGCAAGGAAGGAUCCCCAUGGGCUUUCUGGUGACAUUUUGAUCAAUGGAGCUCCUCAGCCUGCCAACUUUAAAUGCACCUCUGGAUACGUAGUACAGGAUGAUGUGGUGAUGGGAACCCUGACUAUAAGAGAAAAUUUGAAGUUCUCAGCAGCGCUCCGUUUGCCAAAGUCAGUGAAAGAACAGGAAAAAAAUGAACGUGUGGAUCAGAUCAUCAAGGAACUGGGUUUGAGCAAAGUGGCAGAUUCCAAGGUUGGUACUCAGUUCACUCGUGGGGUGUCUGGAGGAGAGCGGAAAAGGACCAAUAUUGGGAUGGAACUCAUCAUGGAUCCUGCCAUCUUGUUUUUGGAUGAGCCAACUACGGGACUCGACGCCAGUACUGCUAACACUGUCUUGCUGCUGCUGAAAAGGAUGGCACAACAAGGAAAAACAAUCAUCUUCUCCAUCCACCAGCCUCGGUACUCCAUAUUCCGCCUGUUUGACAACCUGACACUGCUAGCCGCUGGGAGAGUGCUGUACCACGGGCCUGCUCAGCAUGCCAUCGACUACUUCCAGUCUCUCGGCUACAUGUGCGAGCCGUACAACAACCCUGCUGACUUUUUCCUGGACAUCAUUAAUGGAGACUCCACUGCAGUGGCAAUGAGCAAGAUGGACGAAACUAACACAGAGAGCACUGAAGAACACCAUGAAUAUGAUAAAACCUUGGCUGAGAAUUUAGCAGAAAAAUACUCCAACUCAGCCUACUACCAAGAAACAAAAGCAAUACUAGAGAAUAUUUAUAUGGGAAAGAAAAAGAAAUCGAAAGCAGUUUUCCGACAGAUCACAUAUGCCAAUUCCUUCCUUCAUCAGCUGAAGUGGGUAUCCAAGCGUACAUUUAAAAAUCUCGUAGGAAACCCUCAAGCUUCCAUAGCUCAGGUGUGUGUUACAGCUCUCCUGGGACUGAUUGUAGGUGCCAUUUUCUUUGGACUUAAAGAGGACUCUUCUGGACUACAGAACAGAGUGGGUGCAAUGUUCUUUCUGACCACUAACCAGUGUUUCAGCAGCAUCUCGGCUAUUGAACUCUUCGUUGUGGAAAAAAAAAUAUUCAUACACGAAUAUAUCAGUGGGUACUACAGAACAUCUGCAUAUUUCAUCUCAAAGCUAAUGGCUGAUUUAAUACCCAUCAGAACUAUACCAAGCAUCAUCUUCACCUGUAUAGUUUACUUCAUGUUAGGUUUGAAACCAACAGUAGAAGCCUUCUUUACAAUGAUGUUUACCCUUAUGAUGGUGUCCUACACAGCCACUUCUAUGGCACUAGCCAUUGCAGCAGGACAGAGUGUGGUCGCUGUAGCAAACCUGCUCAUGACUAUCACAUUUGUUUUUAUGAUUAUUUUCUCUGGGUUGCUGGUCAAUCUCACAAGCGUCAUGUCCUGGCUUUCCUGGCUCAAAUACUUCAGCAUCCCUCGAUAUGGAUUGGCAGCAUUAGAAAUCAAUGAAUUGACUGGUCUGAACUUUUGUGGCAGUGGGAACAACACAGAUUUAACCAGCAACUAUCGACAGACAAGCCAGCUGGGGUGUACUGGAGAUGCGUAUCUGAAAAGUCAAGGCAUUGAUGCAAGUACCUGGGGCCUGUGGCAGAAUCACCUGGCUCUCACCUGCAUGACAGUAAUAUUCCUUACCAUUGCAUACCUGAAACUGCACUUCAUGAAGAAGUUCUCUUAA